AUGUCUACGCUCUUCACUCCACCCAUAGGCAGUCAGCCUUCGUCCGCAGUUGCAAGGCAGUUACACUCCUCGAGGAAGAAACGCAAGAGAAGGAACGUGCGGGACAGCGAGAACGAUGAAAAGGGAGGGAAUGGCCCGGAGGAACUGCAGAAAAAUCCCUUGGAGACAAUGACUGAUGUCGAGUAUACAGCUGUCGUUACGCCUCAGGAGAGAAUACAGCGUAGGGUUGCAGGCCAACCGAUCAACCAGCAUCCUCCGCCUUUACCAUUUCCGCAUAGAGAGACACGCAAAGGCCCUGACCAGGAAGUCCUCGAGAAAAAAAGGGUCGCCACAGAGGCUCGGGCCCAUCGACAUGAUUUGCCACGCUCACUGCGUUUUCAGCAUUUGUCUGCCUUGACCGCUAUUGUUCACCGGUGUCUGCUGCAGGAGGACUUCCAGCGGGCAUCACGAGCUUUGGGCUUGAUGUUUCGUGAAGACAGUGUCCGGCGCAGCGCUGCCGCCCGCAAUCAAGGUUAUAUGGGUGUCGGCGCUGAGAUACUGUUGCGGCAGGGGACCUCGAAGAGAUCACCCCCUGAGCUCAACCCAGCAGCAAUUUCCUUUACUUCCGAAGGCUUCGAAAAUGCAAAGCGUUUCUACGAGAGGCUGAUUGUCAAACAUCCCUUUCACAAGUCCUGGCCAGGCUCCGUCAAUGCUGUGGAUUUCUACCUUGCGUUAUUCAACAUUUGGAUAUACGUUGUGCACGCCGAACACUUCCAGCAGAAACUCCCAGUUUCGCAGACUGAGGGUAGUUCUGAUGAACAAGUCUCGUCGACGAGCGUAGCUGAGAGAAUUGAUGUUGACCCUAAGGUCAAGGUGAGAGAACUUGAGCGAGCCAAAGAAAUUGCAUCAAGGAUGGAUACAUGCAUGGCCAGCCUACCGUACAGAGACGAGCCAGAGUUGAUCCGGUUACGUGCCAUGGUGGCACUCUGGAUCGCCGACUUGCACGAGGACUCGCGCCAAUCUUUUAACCUGCAUGAUGAUGAGGUGAGCAAUAUCGCCCGUGAUCCCCUGGAUGACAAUCUGGCUUCUCCUCUGGACAUGGAGGCUGUGGAGGGGUCAAGUUGGUGGGCAGAUGUAGACCCCACCAACGAGGCUGUCAAAGCACGAGAUCUGGCUGAGGAGCUGUUGGCACGGCUGAAGGGAAACCCCGACAACGACGAAAAUGACGAAUGA